GUAGAAAAGGAGGCUAAUAAGAGAAAGGCACAAGUCAGCAGCAGAAAAGCUUGCAGUCUAGUUUAAUUUUCUCUCCCCUCAGCUCAGCUCCGCUCCUGAGAUUUCAAAAUCAUAUUUCUCUGCCCACUCAUUCUGCCCUUUUUCUUUCUAACUUUAAUUAUGGCCUCUCAUUUCUUCUUCCUUUGUCUCCUUGUCUUCUUCUUCUUCUUCUUCUCCUCUAGCUCCUUUGUCUCUGCUACUUCUUCUUCUCAAGAUACAAAAGAAACCUCAGAGCACAAGUACCCGUUCAUAAGACGGGCGAGCACAUUUUCAUCAUCAUCAUCAUCGUCGUCGUCGUCAUCGCCAUCGUACGGUGGAAAAUCGUCGACAUCAUCGGGAGGGUACGACUACAUUAUCAUCGGGGGUGGCACGGCAGGGUGUCCAUUGGCAACAACCCUUUCACAACACUUUAAUGUAUUACUUUUAGAAAGAGGAGGUGUACCCUUUGACAACUUUAAUGUGAGUUAUAUGCAAAAUUUCCACAUAUCAUUGGCUGACAACUCAUCAAACUCUGCUGCUCAACUCUUUAUUUCUACGGAUGGAGUUUUCAAUUCAAGGGCUAAGGUUUUAGGGGGUGGCACUUGUAUUAAUGCUGGUUUCUAUACUAGGGCUAGCUCCAGUUAUGUAAAAAGGGCAGGUUGGGAUCCGAAGCUAGUGAAUGAAUCCUACCCUUGGGUAGAGAAACAGAUAGUGCAAAGGCCUAAGCUUGCACCUUGGCAAAAAGCAGUUAGGGAUGCCCUCUUGGAUGUUGGUGUGUCACCCUUCAAUGGAUUCACCUUUGAUCAUAAAUAUGGAACCAAGGUCGGUGGCACUAUUUUCGAGGAGAAUGGCCGCCGCCACACCGCCGCUGAGCUCUUGGCUUCCGCCAACCCCCUAAAUCUCGACGUUCUCAUCCAUGCAACCGUCCAGAAAAUCACUUUUAACACUACAGGAAAAAGGCCAAAGGCGGUAGGGGUGAUAUUCAAAGAUGAAAAUGGGAAACAACAUGAAGCAUUUUUAUCAAAAAGAAGAGGAAGUGAGAUGAUUGUGUCAAGUGGAGCAAUUGGGAGUCCACAAUUACUUCUUCUAAGUGGUAUUGGACCCAAACAAGACCUUAAAAAGUUGAACAUUCCUCUAAUUUAUGACAACAAGUAUGUAGGAGAAGGCAUGCAAGAUAACCCCAUGAACACAAUUUUCGUUCCUUUAAAGAAUCACGUAGAGCAGUCAUUGAUUCAAACAGUUGGGAUAACAAAGAAGGGAGUGUACAUUGAAGCUAGCAGUGGGUUCGGCCAGGCGGAAGACAGCAUCCACUGCCACCAUGGUCUUGCCUCCGCCGAGAUUGGUCAACUCUCAACAGUUCCACCAAAGCGAAGAACACAAGAAGCAAUCCAAGCCUACAAAGACAGGAAACAAGACUUACCCUUUGAGGCAUUCAAAGGUGGUUUCAUCCUAGAGAAGAUAGCUGCACCCAAGUCCAAGGGCCAGCUUAAACUCAUCGACACUAACGUCGACAACAACCCCGCGGUGACCUUUAACUACUUCAGCCACCCCCAAGAUUUACGACGCUGUGUGGAGGGCAUUCAGAUAAUGGAAAGCUUAAUAAAAUCUGCACACUUCAUGAACAACACAGGGUGUGAUGAGGAAACUACUCAAAAAUUGCUUAACAUGAGUGUUAAGGCCAACAUUAAUCUCAUCCCUAAGCAAACCAAUGACACUAAGUCUUUAGAGCAGUUUUGCAAGGAUACUGUGAUUACCAUUUGGCAUUACCAUGGAGGGUGCCAUGUUGGCAAAGUGGUGAACCACGACUACCGAGUUCUCGGUGUUGAUAGGCUCCGAGUUAUUGAUGGAUCCACCUUUCGGAUAUCCCCUGGAACCAAUCCUCAAGCAACUGUCAUGAUGAUGGGAAGGUACAUGGGAAUCAAGAUCUUAAAGGGAAGAUUAGGACGAGGAGCUAAAAUUGUAUAGGAAAUGAGCAUCAUUAUUUAGGGAGGUAACCGUGGAUUUUGUUGGCAGUACGUUGUGGAAGAUUGGUUAAGUUAGAUUAACAGGCAUUUCAUUUUGUUAUUUGUUAGUUACAAUAUUUGUAAUUCUUGGCAACCACUAAAACAUGUAUAAAUAUACUUAUGUAGGCUUUGCCGAUUCUUAAUUAGAUAAAUAUAUCAUUUGUCGA